UGGUGGGAGUUUGCGCCGUCGCGGUUGCCGGUGGUUCGGCCGUUUUUUUUUGGCUUGCUGAAUCCGCCAUAUUGAAGAGGGCCGGGGCAAGCGAUUUCUGGAACUCCAGCGGCCUCGUAUCCCGCCCUGAAGGGGUUUUGUGGAGCCCAGCCCCUUCAAGCGUCACUCAGCUCCCAGGCCUUUCAGGAGCUUGACUGCUUGUGUUGCCUUCUCCUUUACGGGAGACUACCGCGUUAGCGGCUCAUUUUAGUAUUGGUGUUGGCAGCUAGGACAGAUUCGGGGUGAAGAGACCAGGCCCUAAAAGGUGAAACCGCAGCUGCGGGAGCACUAAGCGGACGUUAAACAGGAGAAACGGUCCACCUGGAGCCCAUCUAACGACAGAGAAACGCCACCGCGCGGAAGAAAAGAGGUAGUGAAAUGGUCUCUGCAAGAAUGGUCUGUCCUUGAAUUGGAGAUAUUUAAGGCUGAUAUAUCCUGGUGCUUCGUCUCCUAUAAGUGAACUGUAAUUUCUUCUCUUACAACAACUAAAUAAACAGACAAAAUAGCAAAAAUCUUUUCUGUUUUGAGUAUGACAGCCACUACUCGUGGCUCUCCGGUAGGAGGGAAUGACAGCCAGGGCCAGGCUCCUGAUGGACAGUCUCAGCCCCCCUUCCAUAAUCAGACCUCAUCACCUGAUUCUUCCAAUGAGAAUUCCCCAGCAACUCCUCCAGAUGAACAAGGUCAAGGUGAUGCUCCACCUCAACAUGAAGAUGAGGAACCUGCAUUUCCUCAUGCUGACCUGGCAAAGUUGGAUGACAUGAUCAACCGACCUCGUUGGGUGGUUCCAGUUUUGCCAAAAGGGGAAUUAGAAGUGCUUUUAGAAGCUGCUAUUGAUCUUAGUAAAAAAGGUCUCGAUGUUAAAAGUGAGGCAUGUCAACGUUUUUUCCGAGAUGGGCUAACAAUAUCUUUCACUAAAAUUCUUAUGGAUGAAGCAGUGAGUGGCUGGAAGUUUGAAAUUCAUAGAUGCAUUAUUAACAAUACUCAUCGCCUAGUGGAACUUUGUGUGGCCAAGUUGUCCCAAGACUGGUUUCCACUUCUAGAACUUCUCGCCAUGGCCUUAAAUCCUCAUUGCAAAUUUCAUAUCUACAAUGGUACACGUCCUUGUGAAUCAGUUUCCGCAAGUGCUCAGUCACCUGAAGAUGAAUUAUUUGCUCAUUGCUCAGAUCCUCGAUCACCAAAAGGUUGGCUAGUGGAUCUCAUCAAUAAAUUUGGCAUACUAAAUGGGUUCCAGAUUUUGCAUGAUCGUUUUAUUAAUGGAUCAGCAUUAAAUGUUCAGAUAAUUGCAGCUCUUAUUAAACCAUUUGGACAAUGCUAUGAGUUUCUCAGUCAACAUACAGUGAAAAAGUACUUUAUUCCAAUUAUAGAAAUAGUUCCACAAUUUUUAGAAAAUUUAACUGAUGAAGAGCUGAAGAAAGAAGCAAAGAAUGAAACUAAAAAUGAUGCCCUUUCAAUGAUUAUUAAGUCUCUGAAGAAUUUAGCUUCAAGGAUUCCAGACCAAGAAGAAACUGUGAAAAAUUUAGAAAUUUUUAGGUUGAAAAUGAUACUCAGAUUGUUGCAAAUUUCUUCUUUUAAUGGGAAGAUGAAUGCCUUGAAUGAAAUUAACAAGGUGAUUUCUAGUGUAUCAUAUUAUACUCAUCGGCAUGGUAAUCCUGAAGAGGAAGAAUGGCUGACAGCUGAAAGAAUGGCAGAAUGGAUACAGCAGAACAAUAUCUUAUCCAUAGUCUUGCGAGAUAGUCUUCAUCAACCUCAGUAUGUAGAAAAGCUAGAGAAGAUUCUUCGUUUUGUGAUUAAAGAAAAAGCUCUUACGUUACAAGAUCUUGAUAAUAUCUGGGCAGCACAGGCAGGGAAACAUGAAGCCAUUGUAAAGAAUGUACAUGACCUUCUGGCAAAGUUGGCUUGGGAUUUUUCUCCUGAACAACUUGAUCAUCUUUUUGAUUGCUUUAAGGCAAGUUGGACAAACGCAAGUAAAAAGCAACGUGAAAAGCUGCUAGAGUUGAUACGACGUCUUGCAGAAGAUGAUAAAGAUGGUGUGAUGGCGCACAAAGUGUUGAACCUUCUUUGGAAUCUGGCUCAUAGUGACGAUGUGCCUGUAGACAUCAUGGACCUAGCUCUCAGUGCCCACAUAAAAAUACUAGAUUAUAGUUGUUCCCAGGAUCGAGACACACAAAAGAUCCAGUGGAUAGAUCGCUUUAUUGAAGAACUUCGCACAAAUGACAAAUGGGUAAUUCCUGCGCUGAAACAAAUAAGAGAAAUUUGUAGUUUGUUUGGGGAAGCACCUCAGAAUUUAAGUUCUUCUCGUUUUAGUCAAUCUCAGCGAAGUCCCCAUGUAUUUUAUCGUCAUGAUUUAAUCAGUCAGCUUCAGCACAAUCAUGCCUUAGUUACUUUGGUAGCAGAAAACCUUGCAACUUACAUGGAUAGCACACGACUAUAUGCUAGAGACCACGAAGACUAUGACCCACAAACUGUGAGGCUUGGAAGUAGAUACAGUCAUGUUCAAGAAGUUCAAGAACGGCUUAACUUCCUUAGGUUUUUAUUAAAGGAUGGCCAGCUGUGGCUUUGUGCGCCUCAGGCAAAACAAAUAUGGAAAUGCUUAGCAGAGAAUGCAGUUUAUGUUUGUGAUCGUGAAGCCUGUUUUAAGUGGUAUUCCAAGUUAAUGGGGGAUGAACCAGACUUAGAUCCUGAUAUUAAUAAGGAAUUCUUUGAAAGUAAUGUACUUCAACUUGAUCCUUUCCUGUUAACUGAAAAUGGAAUGAAAUGUUUUGAACGAUUCUUCAAAGCUGUUAAUUGUCGAGAAGGGAAACUAGUAACAAAAAGAAGAGCCUAUAUGAUGGAUGAUUUGGAACUAAUAGGAUUAGAAUACCUUUGGAGAGUCGUAAUUCAGAGUAAUGAUGAUAUUGCCAGCAGAGCUAUAGAUCUUCUUAAAGAAAUAUAUACAAAUCUUGGCCCCAGAUUACAGGUCAAUCAGGUGGUUAUCCAUGAAGACUUCAUUCAGUCUUGCUUUGAUCGUUUGAAAGCUUCAUAUGAUACAUUGUAUGUUUUGGAUGGUGACAAAGACAGCAUUAACUGUGCAAGACAGGAAGCUGUUAGAAUGGUUCGAGUAUUGACUGUUUUAAGGGAAUACAUAAAUGAAUGUGAUAGUGAUUAUCAUGAGGAAAGAACAAUUCUACCUAUGUCAAGAGCAUUCCGUGGUAAACAUCUCUCUCUCAUAGUUCGGUUUCCAAACCAUGGCAGACAGGUUGAUGAUUUGGAUAUAUGGUCUCAUACAAAUGAUACUGUUGGUUCAGUACGACGAUGUAUUCUCAAUCGUAUUAAGGCAAAUGUAGCCCAUACAAAAAUUGAACUCUUUUUGGGUGGUGAAUUAAUAGAUUCUGAAGAUGACAGAAAGCUAAUUGGACAGCUAAACAUAAAAGACAAAUCAAUAAUUACGGCCAAACUUACACAAGUAAGUUGCAAUAUGCCUUCCAGCCCUGACAGUUCUUCUGAUUCCUCAACUGGAUCUCCUGGGAACCAUAGUAAUCGUUACAGUGAUGGCCCUAAACAAGAAGUGGAAAGUUGUUUGCCUGGGGUGAUAAUGUCACAACAUCCCAGGUACAUCUCUUUCCUUUGGCAAGUUGCUGACUUAGGUAGCAAUCUGAAUAUACCACCUCUUAGAGAUGGAGCCAGAAUACUUAUGAAACUUAUGCCAAUGGAUAGUACAACAGUAGAAAAACUAAGAGCUGUUUGUCUGGACCAGGCAAAACUUGGAGAAAAUAACCUUGGACCAUCUCUUGAUUCACUUUUCUUUGGUCCUUCUGCUUCCCGAGUCCUGUAUCUAACAGAGGUCAUUUAUGCCCUGUUAAUGCCUGCUGAUACGCCUCUGGCAGAUGAUUCUUGUGACUUUCAGGUUCACUUCUUGAAAAGUGGUGGCUUAUCCCUUGUGCUGAGUAUGCUAACAAAAAAUAACUUCCUGCCAAAUACAGAUAUGGAAACACGAAGGGGUGCAUACUUCAGUGGUCUUAAAAUAGCCAAACUCUUGUUAACUGCAGUAGGCUAUGGCCAUAUUAGAGCUGUAGCAGAAGCUUGUCAGCCAGUUGUAGAUGGUGCAGAUCCUAUAACACCGAUUAACCAAGUUACUCAUGAUCAAGCAGUGGUGCUACAAAAUGCUCUUCAGAGCAUUCCUAACCCAUCAUCUGAGUGUAUUCUUAGAAAUGUAUCAAUACGUCUUGCUCAACAAAUAUCUGAAGAGGCUUCAAGAUACAUGCCUGAUAUUUGUGUAAUUAGAGCUAUACAGAAAAUCACCUGGGCAUCAGGAUGUGGAACAUUAGAGCUAGUAUUUAGCCCAAAUGAAGAAAUUACUAAAACUUACGAGAUGACCAGCAGUCCAAGCCAUAAGCCAGAUGUGGAAGAUGAACAGGUUUGCUGUGAAGCAUUGGAAGUGAUGACUUUAUGUUUUGCUCUAGUUCCAACAGCCCUGGAUGCACUUAAUAAAGAAAAAGCUUGGCAGACAUUUAUCAUUGACUUAUUAUUGCAUUGUCCCAGCAAAAUUGUUCGUCAGUUGGCACAGGAACAGUUUUUUUUAAUGUGCACCAGGUGUUGCAUGGGACACAGACCUCUGCUUUUCCUCAUUACUUUGCUCUUUACCAUUUUGGGGAGCACAGCAAGAGAGAGAGGUAAACAUUCAGGUGACUAUUUCACUCUUCUUCGGCACCUUCUAAAUUAUGCUUUCAACAAUAAUAUUAAUGUGCCCAAUGCUGAAGUUCUUCUCAACAAUGAAAUUGACUGGCUCAAAAGAAUUAGGGAUAAUGUUAAAAGUAGAGGUGAAACAGGUGUUGAAGAACCUAUCUUGGAAGGCCACCUUGGGGUAACAAAAGAGUUAUUGGCGUUUCAAACACCUGAGAAAAAGUAUCAUAUUGGUUGUGAAAAAGGAGGUGCUAAUCUUGUUAAAGAAUUAAUAGAUGAUUUCAUCUUUCCUGCCUCCAAAGUUUACCUGCAGUGUAUGAGAAAUGGAGAACUACCAGCUGAACAGGCUAUCCCGGUCUGUAGUUCACCAGUUACCAUCAAUGCUGGGUUUGAGCUACUUGUAGCAUUAGCUGUUGGCUGUGUAAAGAAUCUCAAACAGAUAGUAGACUGUUUGACUGAAAUGUAUUACAUAGGAACAGCAAUAACUACUUGUGAAGCACUUACUGAGUGGGAAUAUCUACCACCUGUUGGACCCCGCCCACCAAAAGGAUUUGUGGGACUCAAAAAUGCUGGUGCUACUUGUUAUAUGAAUUCUGUGAUCCAGCAGUUAUACAUGAUUCCUUCCAUCAGGAAUAGUAUUCUUGCAAUUGAAGGCACAGGUAGUGAUAUAGAUGAUGAUAUGUUUGGUGAUGAGAAGCAGGACAGUGAAAGUAAUGUUGAUCCCCGAGAUGAUGUAUUUGGAUACCCUCAUCAAUUUGAAGACAAACCAGCAUUAAAUAAAACAGAAGAUAGGAAAGAGUACAAUAUUGGUGUUCUGAGACACCUUCAGGUUAUCUUUGGUCAUUUAGCUGCUUCCCGGCUACAAUACUAUGUCCCCAGAGGAUUUUGGAAACAGUUCAGACUUUGGGGUGAACCUGUCAAUCUUCGUGAACAACAUGAUGCCUUAGAGUUUUUUAAUUCUUUGGUGGAUAGUUUAGAUGAAGCUUUAAAAGCUUUAGGACAUCCAGCUAUGCUAAGUCAAGUCCUGGGAGGGUCCUUUGCUGAUCAGAAGAUUUGCCAGGGCUGCCCACAUAGAUAUGAGUGUGAAGAAUCUUUUACAACUCUGAAUGUAGAUAUUAGAAAUCACCAAAACCUUCUCGAUUCUUUGGAACAGUAUAUCAAAGGUGAUUUACUGGAAGGUGCAAAUGCUUAUCGUUGUGAAAAAUGUGAUAAAAAGGUUGAUACAGUAAAACGGUUGCUAAUUAAAAAAUUGCCUCCUGUUCUUGCUAUUCAAUUGAAACGUUUUGACUAUGACUGGGAAAGAGAAUGUGCAAUUAAAUUCAAUGAUUAUUUUGAAUUUCCACGAGAGCUGGACAUGGAACCUUACACAGUACCAGGUGUUGCAAAGCUGGAAGGAGCUAAUGUAAACUCAGAGAGUCAGUUGAUGGAACAGAAUGAACAGUCUGGAAGUGACAGAACUGGAAACACGAAAUACAGACUUGUGGGGGUGCUUGUACACAGUGGUCAAGCAAGUGGUGGACAUUAUUACUCCUACAUCAUUCAGAGGAAUGGCAAAGAUGGUGAGAGAAAUCGCUGGUAUAAAUUUGAUGAUGGAGAUGUAACAGAGUGUAAAAUGGAUGAUGAUGAAGAAAUGAAAAAUCAGUGUUUUGGUGGAGAGUACAUGGGAGAAGUAUUUGAUCAUAUGAUGAAACGCAUGUCGUACAGAAGGCAGAAAAGAUGGUGGAAUGCUUAUAUUCUGUUUUAUGAACGAAUGGACACAAUAGACCAAGAAGAUGAAAUGAUAAGAUACAUAUCAGAGCUAACUGUCACAAAACCCCAUCAGAUUAUGUCACCAGCCAUUGAGAGAAGUGUGCGAAAACAAAAUGUGCAAUUCAUGCAUAACCGAAUGCAGUACAGUUUAGAAUAUUUUCAGUUUGUGAAAAAAUUGCUUACAUGUAAUGGUGUUUACUUAAGCCCUGCUCCAGGACAAGAUCACUUAUUGCCUGAAGCUGAAGAAAUUACUAUGAUUAGCAUUCAGCUUGCAGCUAGGUUCCUCUUCACCACUGGAUUUCACACAAAGAAAAUAGUCCGUGGCCCUGCCAGUGAUUGGUAUGAUGCAUUGUGCAUUCUACUCCGUCACAGCAAGAAUGUACGUUUUUGGUUUGCUCAUAAUGUGCUUUUCAGUGUUUCAAAUCGUUUCUCUGAAUACCUUCUGGAGUGCCCUAGUGCUGAAGUGAGGGGUGUAUUUGCAAAACUUAUAGUAUUUGUUGCACAUUUUUCUUUGCAAGAUGGGCCUUGUCCUUCAUCUUUCACAUCUCCAGGACCUUCUAGUCAGGCAUGUGACAAUUUAAGUUUGAGUGAUCAUCUACUAAGAGCAGUGUUAAAUCUCCUGAGAAGGGAAGUGUCUGAACAUGGUCGUCAUUUACAGCAAUAUUUCAAUCUGUUUGUCAUGUAUGCCAAUUUAGGUAUGGCAGAAAAGACACAGCUUCUGAAAUUGAGUGUACCUGCUACCUUUAUGCUUGUGUCUUUAGAUGAAGGACCAGGUCCUCCAAUCAAAUAUCAGUAUGCUGAAUUAGGCAAGUUGUACUCAGUAGUGUCUCAACUGAUCCGGUGUUGCAAUGUCUCAUCAAGAAUGCAGUCUUCAAUCAAUGGUAAUCCGCCUCUUCCCAAUCCUUUUGGUGACCCUAAUAUAUCACAGCCUAUAAUGCCAAUUCAGCAGAAUGUGGCAGACAUUUUAUUUGUGAGAACAAGCUAUGUGAAGAAAAUUAUUGAAGACUGCAGUAACUCAGAGGAAACCAUCAAAUUACUUCGUUUUUGCUGCUGGGAGAAUCCUCAGUUCUCAUCUACAGUCCUCAGUGAACUACUCUGGCAGGUUGCAUAUUCAUAUACCUAUGAACUUCGGCCAUAUUUGGAUCUACUUCUGCAGAUUUUACUGAUAGAGGAUUCCUGGCAGGCUCACAGAAUUCAUAAUGCACUUAAAGGAAUCCCAGAUGAUCGAGAUGGAUUGUUUGAUACUAUCCAGCGCUCUAAGAAUCACUAUCAAAAAAGAGCAUACCAGUGUAUAAAAUGUAUGGUGGCUCUCUUUAGCAAUUGUCCUGUUGCUUACCAAAUAUUACAGGGCAAUGGAGAUCUGAAAAGAAAGUGGACUUGGGCAGUAGAAUGGCUUGGAGAUGAACUUGAAAGAAGACCAUACACUGGCAAUCCACAAUACGCUUAUAAUAAUUGGUCUCCUCCAGUUCAGAGCAAUGAAACAUCAAAUGGUUAUUUCUUAGAGAGAUCACAUAGUGCUAGGAUGACACUGGCAAAAGCUUGUGAACUCUGUCCAGAGGAGGUAAAAAAAGUCACCCAUGGGCAGCAAAUAGAAAUGGAAGAAAGAAAAGAGCCAGAUGACCAAGAAGCCCCAGAUGAGCAUGAAUCAUCUCCACCAGAAGAUGCUCCAUUAUAUCCUCAUUCAUCUGGAUCUCACUAUCAACAGAAUAAUCACAUACAUGGACAGCCAUAUACAGGACCAGCUGCACAUCACUUGAACAACCAUCAGAAAACUGCCCAGCAGCAACAAGAAAACUGUGAAGGCAAUGAAGAAGUAUCCUCAUCUGAAAUAAAGAAUCAGUGAAAUGUCCAUAAUUAAUUGGUUCUUUAAGACCAGGCUAUUAGACCUUACAGUCCAAACUUUUAUAUACUUGGCUAGUAUUUAACAAAAUAGAGAAAUUGUUUAACAUGGAGCGGAGAGUUUAUUCAUUGUCUCAUUUGCAGAAGUUUGGUGUUAACAGGUGAGCCACCUGCAGGAGAGUGUAUAGUGUUUUGUAAUAAAUGGGUGAUACCGAUAUGUAAAUGGGAAAGUUGUAUAUAAUGUAUUGUUUGACAGUUAAUUCUUAAGCAACAAAACACUUUUGGUGACUAUGAGAAAUCUACCAAAAAAAGUUGGUUUUGGGGUUUCUUUUUUGUUAUGUCUGCUGCACCUGGCAACCAGUAUUGUCGGCUUCAUGGCAAUUGGAUCAACACCUUUAUGGAAAAAAAAAGAUGGGGAGAAGAAAGUUAACAUUGAAAGAGGCCAUUCAUAUCAGUCAACACCAGUAGCUGCUUACUAACUCUUAGUUACUGGAGCCACUGUAAGGCUUUGAAUAACAUGGUGAUGUUGAAAAUUGGUGUGUAAUAACACUGUUUAUGCAUAUUUUUCAUUACCUUUUUAUUCUGGUAGUACAUGAUCACUUUAAACCUAUAGUAAUGCUGUAUUGUAUUUAGCUUGGCUUCACACUGUGUUGGUGUAGCCAGCGAGAACACACACUAAGUUUGUAUAGCCAGUGGGAACAAAGCUACAUGAAUGAUAGCAGUUUCCUCAAAGUGACAGAUAUGUUGCCAAGAGCUUUUAUUUCUUAUACCAGGAAUAAAUACAAAAUGAGAAAUGUAACAAAUAAGCAGUUUUUGGUUAUAUGUAUGUUCCUCAUAUUUAAUAUUUGACAGUUGAGUCUCUUGAUGAGACACAGAAAUGUGAAAGUAUUGAUAAUAGAAAUAUUAAAUAUGCAAAAUUUUGCUGUACCACAAUGUGGAGCACAUAAGAGGAGACUGUACUUGAUGUCCUUGGUUUUUUUUUUUUUUUUUUCUUUUUUUUUAAAAAUAGUUUAGUAGAUGAAGGCUCUAAAAUUUUGCUUCAACUGGAAGCCAGUGAGGUGGACAUCAUCAGAGUCCCAUAGUACUUUGAAAUACCAUUGUACCAAGAUACCUGGCUGAUAGUCUAGUCAGUCAGAAUUUUACUUGGUAGCAAGAUUGUCCCAGGUUCUUUUCCAUUCUAAAACUUAAUCUGCUGGGGUUUAAUUAAAACAUAAAUUUAUGGUUAGUUGUUAUAAUUCUGAAGUACUAUUUUAGAAUAAGCAUUUGUUUCAGGAUUUCAGGAAACUUGGGAGUAAAUACUAUAUUUAAAAAAUUGGUAACUUUUAAAUGUGUGUAAUAUUUUGGAGCCUGUGUAAAAACCAAAUAUACCUGCAAACAAAUACAGCCCAUCUUAUACUAUUUAAAUAUUUUGCUGUUUUGUUUUAUAGAAAUUAUUUUGCUGAAUUCACAAAUAGAGUUUGAUUUAAGAAGA